AUGGAAAUCCCCGAAUUUAAUUUGAUAAGCAAUUUUGAAGCAGGUGUUAAUUGUCUGCAAAACCCAUCUCUUUUUUCUCGCGUUUUCGAUAUCUAUGGUGGUGGAUUUCCCAUCGUCUAUAGUUUCUGGAAAUGGGGAGCUUUGUUUAUCGCAUUAUUAGCAAGUUUCAAAUGCAUAGUUUCCAAAGUAAAGAUUUUGAUUAUAGCAAUCUCGAACAGGGUUAAAGCAUUUGCUGCUUCCCAACCUCCGAUUCAGCUUUUCGGUGAUGAUUUCGAUUCCGACGAUGAUUCCGACGAUGCCUGUUCUUCAGCUUCAUCAGACGACGACAUCGGCUGUUUCACGGUUGAGGAAAACUUCUCAGUUGCCGGUUCUAGAAGCUACGAUGGGGAUUCGAAUCUUCGACGGCGGCGCAAUUGCUGGGAAUGGGAUCGAUUUGCCUUGUCAGAUUUAGCAGCGGGUAAAGGGGUCGUGAAAAUUUGGGAUUGUUUAGGUUUGGGACUUGAUUUUGAAGAUGAAUCUAAUGAUAACGUUGUUUCUCUUUGGGAUUUGAAUAAGAAUAAGAAAAUUAGUUCCUUUAAUGGCGUUACCGGCGGCGAUGGAGAACAAAUUCCGGCGGUUUCGAUGGCGUCGCCGUCUGUGAUUCUGUCGGCGUUAUCUAGUAAAGACGGAAACGUUAAGUUUGGUGCUUAUGAUAGACGGAUAGGACUACACAAUCCGUCAAUAUUAGCUGAAUGGACUCCGACGCCGUCAUCGCCACGGCGGAGUAAGGUGGUCGGAAUUGAUAAAAAGGUUUAUGUAAUUGAUGACGACGUUUCUUCGUUAACGGUAGGAGAUAUGAGAAACGUGAAGAGUCCGUUAAGAAAUGUGACGGAAUCUGACGGAGAUAAAUGGUGGGAUACUGGCCGUUAA